AGAAACAAUGGGGAAGACGAAGAACUGGAAUUUGCGAACAAUCCGUCUACAAUAAAAUUGAGAAGUGUUCUUCCGCAAAAUAAAAAUUUUCCGAUCAAAUUUCGUUUCAUUUCCCGGCGAUCACAAUCCCAAACCCUAACCCUAGGGUUUUCCUUCACUGUAUCACCAUUUUCUCUCUACUUUCCCGAGAACUAAACAGUCUCUCCCACAACCAUCUUCAACCCCUUUCUCUUUUACUUUUUGUUUUCCAGCGCAAAAGCGAUUGAGUUUCUCCAUUUGUUAGAAUUCCGCCAUUAAUUUAACAGCAUGUGCUUCCCACUACAGUUUCUGAUGCCAAAUUAGGGUUUCUUUCAUUUCGGAGCUUUUCCAUGUAAUCGACAGGGAGGGCUUGCUUGAGACGUCGAUUUUCCUAUGGAUUUUGUCGAACUGGAGGCGAUCGAAGGCCUCCGAUGGUCAUGGAACUCGUGGCCGGUUUCCAAAGCUGAAUCGUUGGCUCUCCUAAUCCCUCUCAGUGUUAUGUGUACGCCAUUGAUGCAAUCCGUCGAACUCCCUACACUUUCUUAUGAGCCUCUCCUGUGUCUUAAAUGCGGUGCUGUUUUGAACCCCUAUGCUCGUGUUGAAUACACAUCUCGCAUUUGGUUCUGCUCCUUUUGCUACCAGAAGAAUUCUUUCCCUCGUUCUUAUGCUGAUAUUGGUGAGACUAAUCUUCCCGCUGAGCUUUUUCCGACUUACAGUACGGUGGAGUAUGCGCCCGGUAGAAAGAUCGAGAGCCCUGUUGCGAAUUCUGGCUCCAAUGUGAAUAUGAGCCGUAAUUGGGCGAGAAAUCAUUCCUCUUCUUCUCUUUCAGCAUCACCUUCUUCAUCGUUGCCGGCUGGAGAUUCCCGUGGAAAUGGACCGGCUUUCGUGUUCGUUAUUGAUAAUUGUAAUGUAGAGAAGGAGCUUCAAGCACUUAAAAAUGAGUUAUUACUCGUUGUGGAACAUCUGCCGGAGAAUGCUUUAGUGGGCUUGAUUUCUUUUGAUUCAAUGGUUCAUGUUUAUGACCUUAAAUUUUCUGAGUGCUCAAGGGUCGUCCUCUUUCCCGGGGAACGUGAGCUUUCGUCACUUCAGACCCAACAAUUGUUGGGGAUUUAUGGGAUGAAGCAGUUGCAGCUGGGAAAGACACCGGUUGUUCCAGCACAGGGAUUUUUAUUGCCAAUAUCUGAUUGUGAGUUCAACAUCACCACUGCAAUUGAAGAGAUGAAGACUUCACAUAACAUACCUGGCCAUCGACCUCAGAGGGCUACCGGUGCUGCAAUAUCAGCUGCGGUUGCACUUCUUGAAGGAUGCCGAGCGAAUUCUGGUUCUCGUGUCAUGGUUUUCACCUCUGGUCCUGCAACUGUAGGUCCGGGGAUUGUUGUCAAUUCGGAUCUCUCUUACUCUAUCAGAACUCACGGAGACAUUCUUAAUGGUCAGGCUCCUUACUUUCGAAAAUCUAGUAGUUUCUAUAAGGAAAUGUCACAGAGGUUGUGUAAUGGAUCUAUCGUUCUCGAUCUUUUUGCCUGCUCUCUUGAUCAAGUUGGAGCAGCGGAGCUAAAAGUCCCUGUUGAAAACUCUGGUGGAUUCAUGAUGUUAGGAGAAUCAUUUGAAUCGAAUCAAUUCAAAAAGUGCUUGCGGCAUAUUUUUAGCCGAGACAAAGAUGGUGAUCUGAACAUGUAUUUUGAUGCAACUAUCGAGUUAGUAACCUCAAAAGAUGUAAAAAUUUGUGGUGCCCUUGGACCAUGUAUAUCUCUUCGUAGAACUAACAGUUCGGUGAGUGACAACGAAAUUGGUGAAGGUGGUACUUACAUUUGGAAGCUGAAUACACUGUCCAGUAAAACCUGCAUUUCCUUUUUCUUCCAAGUGAGUGAGGUGCAGAAAGUUCAACCUGGAUCCGCUUUCUUCAUUCAGUUUAUAACAAAAUACAGAAAAGGAAACCUGGCGGUCCGGAAAAGAGUGACCACUGCCGCUAGGAGAUGGGUUGCAAAUCAUUCACCAGAAAUCAAGGCUGGGUUUGAUCAAGAAGCAGCAGCUUCGGUGAUGGCUAGGCUUGCUAUUCAUCGAGCAGAAACGUGUUAUGCUCGGGAUGUUAUCAGAUGGCUUGAUGACACAUUGAUCCGGUUUGCCUCGAAGUUUGGUGACUAUAUACAAGAGGAUCCUUCGACUUUCCGUUUAUCAUCCAACUUCUCCUUGUACCCUCAAUUUAUGUACUACUUAAGACGGUCCCAGUUUAUUGAUGUCUUCAACAGUUGUCCUGAUGAAACUGCUUUCUACCGAUUAAUGUUAAACCGAGAGGGAGUCAUUGGUUCACUUAUCAUGAUUCAACCUACCCUUUUCCUCUACUCUUUUGAUGGACCUCCUGUUCCUGUACUCCUAGAUAUUCGAUCCAUUUCCCCAGAUGUGAUUUUGUUAUUUGACUCCUACUUCUAUGUUGUUAUUCAUUAUGGUUCCAAGAUUUCUCAGUGGAGGAAGCUUGGUUACGAUAAGGACCCGAAUCUCGAAAACUUGAGGAAGCUACUAGAGGCCCCAGAGCUUGAUGCUGAACAAUUGAUCGCCGAACGUAUUCCAGUCCCUAAGCUUAUAAAGUGUGACCAACAUAGUAGCCAAGCACGGUUUCUUCUUGCUAAGUUAAACCCGUCUGUUACGCAGAACUCAACUUACAAGGAGGGAUCAGACAUAAUCUUUACAGAUGAUUUAAGCUUGGAGGUUUUUAUAGAACACCUACAAAUUCUGGCAGUGCAGGGCUGAAGAAGGGUGGCAUUAGUAGUUUGUUAGAAGGAUGUUGUUACUUUAUACACUGUUGAGAAAAAGUACAAAGGAGCUAUGCUUUUGUGUUGAUUGAGGGUUGUAUUUUACCCAUUUUCUUCAUAGUUGAUGAAAUGUAAAUAACUGGUUUCUUAUCCUACUCCAUACCAGAUGAGUUUCAGCCAUUAUUCAGCUAAAGAGCCUGGUGAGAAUUUUUUUUCAAUGGA